UUGUGCAGUUGGAGCUGCGUUUGAUGCUCGCUAUCAUCCAGCGUUUGUCACGUUCCCGCGAUCGCUUUCUGAGUUCUUUGCCGACCGAGCAAAGGCUCUUCUUGAAAUUGAGCUGGAUUCGCCGCCGACUGUGGCCACAGUUCAGACCUUGGUGGUUCUCAGUGCACACGAGAAUGGCAUUGGCAGAGAUGCGAGGGCGUGGCUGUACAGCGGUACGCUUAGAUCCUUCCUUGGAUAACUGACUUGACAGUAACCAGUUCAGGCAUGGCGAUGAGACUCGCCCAUCUUCUCGCGCUCGAUCAAAAUCUGGCGCAGUACAUCGCAAAAGGUCUUCUUACGCCAGCGGAAGCAGAGCUACGUAAAGUAGUAUUCUGGGGGGCUUGCGUAGUCGACCAUGCAUGGAGUUUCCAAAUUGGACAGCCGUUUCGGUUCUCUCCCAAAGACGCCACCGCCGCAAAACCCACGUCUCGUCAAGAGAGAGCUGAGCAAUGGAUUGCCUACGUGGCGCCGGCAUUACCUGCAACUGCUCUCACCGACUACACCGAUCUGGUCUGUCGAUAUCAGGCCUCGCUCAUUGAAACAAUGGGACCCCUGUCAACGACAGUAUAUGGGGAUGUGUCCAUUCCAAAGCCAACGCUUCAGGAGAUCAAUGCACGGACUGUCGCUGAGCUGCUCAAAUGGAAGGCUACUCUGCCCUUUGAGCUCCAGGUCAAGAACACUGAUCACAGCACGCCUUGCCUUCCACAUAUGCUUAUGAUGCACAUGCAAUACCAUCAAGCCAUGAUCUACGCCCAUAGACCAUACAUGUCCAAAUCCUACCUUCAGCCUCAGCCACCCCAAGGACCUGGAGCUCGUCACGCCCGACAAAUGUGCAUAGAGUCCGCCAGCUCUAUCGCUCAACUUCUAUGCUCUUACGAAGCACGGUAUUCUCUACGACGCAUGAAUAUCCAAGCCGUAGCCAUCACUUUCUCCGCGGCUCCACCGCUCCUGUUUACAACAAUAUCACAUCAACUUUCACGAGAAAACGAGGUGUUUGGUCAUUUGGGGACUUGCUUUCGAGCGCUAGAUGAGUUGGGAUCAACAUGGGAGAGCGCUAAACGAGCGCGUGACUUUAUAGCCAGGUUACAACGUCAUUGGGAUACCCAGUACAGGUCGAGCAACUGGCCCGGUCGCUCAGGAAAGAGUCAAAGUAGAUCAACAGCUUUGGGAGAAGGUUCACAGGCUUCAAUUGUGUCGAAUGAUGAUGGAGGAAGCACCGUAGAAGUUCCCGGGGAAGGGAGCCAGUGGACUAGUUUCAACAACUCUAUGAGCGUGGACUUUGAUCUUGAUUGGAUACUUACGGCGGAUCUGCAAGGAAUGUCUCCUGACUGGGGGAGCUUCUUUUCCGUCACAUCAGGGGGCAUGCUAUCGAAUAGUUCGCUAGGCCAAUAAUUUUGGUACUACGAAGUACAAGUCAUCACCUAAA